AUAUUCAUGAGUUGUGAUUCGGAACGCAGAGCGCGAACGUUUUAUAAAUAAUGGCGUAUAUGUUAUCCGUAUCAAUUCAUGUUUUUAAGUGCAUAACGUAUGCGCGUCGGGAGUGUCGAUUAAAAUGACGUGCGAUUGCCGAAAUGUGUUAUUUACCGCGAGUGUUUCUGAUUAAUAAUAUUCCAUCGGUUGAAUUCAAAGUGAGUGUGAAUACCAAUAAGUUUCUGAUAUUCAUCGAUUUUUCGAAGUUCAUGUGGAUCAUUCUAAGACAGGAUCUACAAGGGAUGGCGCAAAUUACGAUAUCCUAGCUGGUGUAGCUGAAAGCAUCUGCUAGGAUAUAACAACUGAUCGGUACUUGCGAGAUACAUAUACACGGUAAUACACAGUGCCACAAUGUGCAGUUGUUACCAGUGGGGAAGGAGCAAAAAAUAGUUUACAAGCAGCCGUGCCCUCAUAGGCGAUCAUCUAGCAACAUCAAUAACUACCAAUAAUCGACGUCGGAUACUUCAACGUCCCAGAAACCGAGCCACCAGUGCCCAAAGUCAACAAAUGGAGCAUAGAAGCGUGCCGCGCGGGCAGCAGGAGCAUCAGUAGCGUUCGGCUAUCGUCGAGGACCAGUCUCACGGGCCCGAUCUCGAGCGAAAGGACGUGGGGUCGCGGAGGCGACAGCGAUGGCCGCGACUGACGGCCAGAUCGUCGUCGCGGCGGCACGCUGGGCCGAAGAGGCAACGUAUCUGCGCGAGUUCGUUUCCAAGUACCGUCUACCGGCCGUAAUCAAGAUCACGAAGGGCCAGUAUGGUGGGCUGGGCGUGCCGACGCUACCGGCGCCCAGCUUGCAAAGCACGGCGCUGCUGAUAUCGGCCGGCCGUCGGCGUAAGAUCGUGGCGCAGGCGGUGAAGAUCAAGGAGGGUCGCCGGGUGGUCGGCGUCGGGCCCAGACUGGCGAUACCAGAUUCAUACGCGGGCUACUUCGAGAUCCUGAGCGAGGAGGGUCGAGCGGUGCGCGGUAUCGAGUCGGUGAGCGAGCUGUCGCGACGAUGCCCGGACGAGGGUGCUCUUGUGCGCGAGACUGUGCGCGGCAUCGCUUGCCGGGUGGACGACGAGUCGGGUAUCGUAGUACCGGAGGGCACGAGGACCCUCGCAGCCGGCGAAACGAUCGUUACCGCCGGCGAAGUGGCGCUGCCCGGCCGCGGUCGAUUUCUGCGCUGCGUGGACUGCCGAGGCGACAGCAUCUUGCUCGGGAUGGAUCAGCGCGGUCGCUUCAGCGCGUUGGCACGCGAGGACAACAUCAGCGGCGUCCAUACCGCCAAGGCGCUUCUCAGCAAGCGUCUGCCUCUCACUGUAAGACUGGUGCACGGCCAGCCGCCGCGGGGACUCAAAUCGUCAUCGCAGUUCGUACACGAACUGAGACUGCUGUCGACCUUCGAGGAGGAACAUGUGUUCGCGCUGCCGUUGCAAAGAGAAGGCGCGGUCGUCGCGCUACCGCUCGCGGCGCCGCUCAAACUGGUGAAGGCACGGAACGAAGAGGUGCUCAGAUCAAUGCAGGAGUUUACGAGGCUAGUGGAGCGCGCCUCCCGUCUGGUCGCCGACGUGGCUGACCGGGCGCACGUGCUAGAUGGUCGUCUAGGUGAGAGCAAGCCCUCGAGGCAGACGAGAAGCGCAUCGGGCUUCCUCAGGAGAUCGUCGACCAACUCGGAUCACGCGCCGCUCGGCCAUCACAGAAAUAACAGCGCCAGUCAUCAUCAUCAUCAUCAUCAUCAUUAUCAUAGUAAUGGUCAUCAGGCGUCCACCGGUCACUCGGGCUACCGGGACGAGAACAGGGUGCCGCCGUCGUCGUCGGCCUGCACAGAGGAAUACGACGAGAUCGAUCAGAUAUACGACUAUGUGCGCGGCUUCGCGCCGUUGCCCAAGAGCGUGAGGUCGCCUUACGAGAGCCCUCUCGCCGCUCAAGGAGGCUCGACGCCGCCGUUGACGCCGGUCACGGUGACAAUCGCACCGCUGCUGGACGAUCGACCCGAACCACCGCCGAUCGAGACGAUACCGACGAAGAAGAUUCAGGCGGAGAAGCGAACCAGGCGCGCGGUCAAAGAAACGCCGCAACCGCGGACGGAGAAGCCGCCGCUGGCGAAGCUCUAUGUGAAGAACAGCGGUACUCAGCGCGGACGCCCGUUAAUGAGGCAGAAGAGCGCGUCGCCGUUGAAGGAAACGCCGCCAGGUUACAAGGGCGGUUCGCCGCUCUUUAACAUACGCUACAAGAGCCUGACGAAUCUCCAGCAAGCCAUGGAACUCGAUGGUACGCUGGACUCCAGUCACUCGGGCGGGAGAACGUCGGGAGACUCUGGCGCGGGCGCCAAGCUGCCUGAAAAAAGAUCGAGACGUUUAAGUAGGCCACGAUCCUUGACGAAUUUAGUCUGGGAGCUACGAGGUGGAAGCGGCCUCGGAUGCACGAGACCGGAAACUCCGCCGCCUGCCACGACUGCACCGCUACCGCCGACUAAAUGUGGACCACGUCUGGCUGUUACUGUCGUGGCACCGCGACGCGUCGGCACGCUCUACCUCUAACUCAUUCGACCGAUGAAGGGCUAAAGAAGGCAAAGAGCGGUUCGGAUGAGCAGCCGUGGAUCUCCGACGUCGUUCGAUUAAUCAAAAUUUGCAACAGGAGCUCAAAGGAAGAAAGACAGAAAGAUGCGGAGAUAUUUCCGCGACUUCGCCAUUCUUUCAGCGUUAAUUGAAUCGCAGACGCGAAAGCCAUUCAAACUCGUCGUCCGAUACACGAUCGCACGUAUCUAUGCCCUAUAAACACAUACACACAUACAUACACGUACACGGCACGCAUAGAGGACCCAAAAACCUGAUCAACGCCGCGUACUUCCUGUGAUCGUCGAUUAACGAUAAGCGGAAUAAUCAAAAAUAGCGACGCAGCGGAAGGAAAUAUGUUCAGGUACGAAUAAACACACGAAUUAUUACAUGUAAUACUGUAGAAAAAGAUGACGACCGAAACGAUUCCAAAGAGUAUCGAGACUAUAAACACACGACGAAGCAAAGCAGUAGAAGUAGUACGCGUAAUUCAUCUUAAAAAUAUAAAAGUGAGAUCUAUUCAAGAAUUUUUUAUAUUUGAAACAGUUGCGUGAAUAUUUUUUUGUGUCUGGAAAAUUAAAUUAAAAUAUUAGCAUGAUGCAAAUUACUUUCACGGCAAAAAUGUAUUUAAAUGUGUAUACUUAAUAUCAUUUUACAUACAUCAUUUGCUUUGUCUUCGUUACAAGUUAGAAGAAAAGGAUCUUUUCGAUUUUUCUGGUUGAAGAUCUGAUAAUAAUAAUAUCUACUUCAAUGUAGGAUUUGCAUCCUUUUGGCGAAACAAAUUUCCAAUAAAAAAUAUAUCAAAUAAAAUAAAUUUUUGAUUAAAAUAUAAAUGUUUUGCCAUUGGCAAAAAUAAUAUUUAUCGAUGAUAAACGCUUACUACAGCAUAAUAUUAUAGUAUUGAUAGUAUUGUCAAUAUUUUUCGAUUUUUUUAUUUUACAUAAAAGAUGAAGAAAGCUUUAAUUCCAUGAAGUAUACUUUCGUUACUCUUUGCUGUCGAUUGAGAAUAGGAAUCGGAAAGUUGGGGGGAAAAGAUCGAGUCUACGUGCUGUAAUUGCACAUUUUCUAAAGAACUAUACGACUUGCGUACGCGUACAUCAGAACAUCGCCUCGUACACGAGUAGUAGACUUUUUUAUAAAAGAUGCGCUUCGACGGACCUUCAGAGUCUGGCGAACUGCAUAGUUAAGGACACGAAUGCCAUAAUAAUGACCAAGUUUUGUGGUUGUACUUAAGUCAUAUUUUAUAUUCUACUAUUAAGAUGCUAAGCGUAAGUUACUUCAUAUUCCAUUAUCAAAGUGUCUUUAUCACGGUUAUCGCGCUAUGUUUUUAUCUUUGUAUCGUCAAGCUGGACGGCGAAUCGACGUCAUUUCGCGUCGGUUGCCGAAAACUGGCGCAAGCUGUGAGAAUCUUGUAAUACUGUCUACCUGCACUUGUGAUCAUAUAUUUAACUUGAAUUUCAGAGGAUAAAUUGAGCAUUCAAUUACCGAUUUUCAAAGUACGAUUAAAUAUGUACAGAGUAAAUUUUAUCACAAUUUGCCUUGAUAAUCAUUUAACGUAAAAGAUUUAAAAAAAAACAUUAAUUAAUAAACUAAAUUAUAAAUUGGAUAUUGUUUUUUAAAUUGGAUAAUUAGCAAAACAACUUGAAAACAUUUUUACAAUCUAAGCGCUCAGUUUUUCUAUGUUUCGUAUAUAUCAGAUUUUUGAGUCCAAUUUUAAAUACUGGCAUUUUAUACCAGAAAUAAAGUAAUUUUGGGCACGCGACGAAAUCUUAGCUGCGAUACAUAAAAUUCUAUUAUAGCAUUUAUUUUUAUUUUAAUGUUAAAAAAUCCAUCGACAAAAAUAUCGUCUGUGACAAUUGCGAUCGCAUGGACGCAAUAUAGACGAUAACGACUAACUCUCUCAUCGAAAGUCAGGUGCGAGACCGCCUCUCAGUUGAUGGUCCCGACCAAAGGGCUCGUUUGGACCUUGGUCUCAUUUUUGUGAUUAUUAUUUAAAUACACGUUAAGUAAACAAUAGAAUAGAUUAGAUUUGUUAUAAGUAAAUAUGAGAAUAGCCGUUGUACCGGUUGGUCUUACAGAGAUGAUAUCAAUUUCUGUUCAACAGCGGAAAGAAGCGCAAUAAUCAAUUAUCCGAGAUAUUUUAAUUAUGCUCAUAUAUAAUAUGUUUAUCCAAGAAAAAAAAAUUGACAGAUAUUCUUUGAUUAUCUGCAAGAUGAAACAUAUCAAAUGUGCGAUGAAAAAAAAUCGAAAAUAAGUGGCCUUCUUCAAAGAGAAAAUUAUGAGCUAAAUGAAAAUGUUCAACAAUCAGGAUACGUUUGUCACAACUAGAUAUAUUACGAAUGUAUAAUAAGUUUCUAGAUUUACAGUACGAAGUAUAUAGAUUCUAUUAUCAUGGAUAUUAUAUCGCGUAACGAAUUUGUAUGGAAGGCACUCGGUCCCCUUUACGACAGAACUCUGUGUGUUAUAAGCGUGUGCCGAGUGAAUGCGCUUAUUUCGUAUGUUGAUGUUCUCAGAGAGUAUAAUUUUGCCAUGAUGACGAGCACCGAAAAAAAAAGAAGAACUUCCAACAGAGAGCUUAUAAUGUCGAUAUCGCGCAACUAGAGUUAUUUUUCUAGUUCCUGGGGGCAUUGGGUGUCAAUGGAUCUCCGUAUGAGCAAAAACGAACAGAUCUAUACGAUAUAGCUGUACAAUCGGCUUAUCAAUAUCACUGUAUCGUCAGACACGUCCUCGCGGCGAAAUACUCAAACGCGUAAGGGUCGAGGAUCGUUGUGCCUUCGUGUAUGCAUGUUAAAAUACGUUUAAUGAUUGUAAGAAGAGCAGACAUCCACACUUUGUGAUUCUAUAAGCAGUUGUUCAUUUUUUAUACUUUCUUUAAUGCUUACCUAGGAUAGCUUGUGUACUCUAAAGAGAGUGUUUCAAUAAAAAUCACAGUGAAAUAA